AUGGCAACUGAGAAGCAGGACAACGGGCAGGACGGUAACAAUGGUCAUGCAGCCGACGUUCAGCCUGUUGAUGUUGCUCCCGCGGUUGGUGACGUUGGCAAUAGUCACUCGGAUCCUUCCAAGACGCAUCACAACAUCAUCGAAAAUGCAAGGGCAGCUGCCGCUAAAGAACAGGGAAUGACCCUAUGGCAAGGCCUCAAGCUGUAUCCUAAGGCUGUUGGUUGGAGUUUACUGAUAUCUACAUGUAUUGCCAUGGAGGGCUACGAUAUUAGUCUCGUCAACAAUUUCUAUGCAUUUCCACAGUUCACCAAAAAGUAUGGUGAAUUCCAGCCAAAGUCUGGCACAUACGAGGUUACCGCUCCAUGGCAAGCAGGUCUAAGUAACGGUGCCAUGGUUGGUGAAAUCAUCGGUCUGUUCAUCAAUGGCUACGUUUCCGAGAGGUUCGGUUACCGGUAUACUGUCAUGGCCUGUCUGGUGAUGAUCACGGCAUUUACGACUAUAUUUUUCACAGCUCCGAAUGUUCAAACUCUUUUGGUGGCUGAGAUUCUUUGCGGUAUUCCGUGGGGUAUUUUCCAAACUCUCUGCGUUACGUAUGCCUCCGAGGUCUGCCCCGUCGCACUGCGUGGGUACUUGACCACCUAUGUCAACUUUUGCUGGGGUCUUGGUCAAGAAAUUGGCAUCGGAGUUAUUCGAGCUAUGCUGAGCCGUGACGAUGAGUGGGCAUACCGCAUUCCCUACGCUCUGCAGUGGAUGUGGCCAGUGCCCCUAUUCGUCGGCAUCUGGUUUGCCCCGGAAUCGCCUUGGUGGUUAGUUCGCAGAGGGAGAAUCGAGGACGCCAAGAGGGCACUUUUACGCCUUACCAGUCUUGACCGGGAGACCGAUUUCGAUGCCGACGAGACGAUUUCCAUGAUGGUGCAUACCACCGCCUUGGAAGAAAAAAUGACUUCAGGAGCCACAUACUGGGACUGUUUCAAGGGUGUUGACCUCCGAAGAACCGAGGUUGUCUGCAUGACUUGGGCAAUUCAAAAUUUAAGCGGGAAUUCCUUCUCCAAUUAUUCGACCUACUUCCUCAAGCAAGCUGGUCUGUCCGAUAAUGAUGCAUACUCAUUUGCUCUCGGCCAGUACGCCAUCAACAUGGUGGGCGUGUUCGGGGCAUGGGGUUUGAUGACAUUAGGCAUUGGACGAAGAUCACUGUACCUGUACGGACUCUGUGGCCUUUGCACGAUGCUUUUCAUCCUUGGAUUUUUGGGCCUAGUGCCUCAUGAACAUCGUCGAGAGGCAUCCAUAGCCACUGGCAGCAUCAUGAUUGGCUGGGCUCUCUUCUACCAGUUGACAGUGGGAACUGUAUGCUACUCCCUUGUGAGCGAAUUGUCGUCGCGUCGACUGCAAAUCAAGACAGUUGUACUGGGUCGGAAUCUUUACAAUAUCGUUGGUAUCAUCACCAGCGUGCUGACACCAUACAUGUUGAACCCCGGUGAAUGGAACUGGAGCAAUUACGCCGGCUUCUUUUGGGCCGGCAUUUGCUUCUUGUGUAUCGUCUACACGUACUUCCGUAUACCAGAGCCUCGAGGUCGGACAUUUGCGGAGCUUGAUGUGUUAUUCGAAAGAGGAAUUUCUGCAAGAAAAUUUUCCACUACAGAAGUGGAUGUGUUCCACGAGACGGUCGAGGACAAGAUCAUGGUCCAGUACGAAGAUAUGGUGCAUCACGGGCCUGGUAAGACUGGGAUGUUAGCAUAG